AUGGACAAACCACAGGAAACCAGCAAGCCAAAGCCGGCCCCAAGCCCUCGACUCCCUCCAGGCCUUCACACAUCCAGCGGUCCACCGCCAAACGCCCGCAAAGACGGCCCCAUCUACGCCUCGUCCCAACCAUCCACUCCCCAGGGCCCAUACCAGCCCCGCACACCUGAGAAGCCCUUCUCCAUACAGUCCCAACUCCCACCGCUCUCUACCGAUGAUAAAGACGAUGCUACCGGACCCCAGACACCUCGUACCGGUCGAGCCAACCGCUCUAUACACGCUGGCUCCCAAUCGCAAAAUGCGACGCAUACCACAGCACGCUCCUCCAAGCCUCUAACUCCUGUACAGGCACAACCAGAUGACAACACAGAAAUGGCCAACACCGGCGACCAACAAGAAGGGCACCCCAGAAGCGCCUCCUCCAAUGAGGACCUGUACCUCGACGACAGACAGGUUGUCACACUCGAUGAAGCCAUCGCCACCAUGCCCAUCCCAGAUGUCGGCCUUCCACCCGUAUGCCUAAGUGACCCCAACUACCUACACCACAGACAGCUCCGAGAACAGCUUCUCAACUGGGAAGUUCUCCCAGACUACGUUGUCUUUGCCGUCUGCUUCUGCGCUACCUUAUGGACUGAUGAAGAACAGACAGUCUUUCUUCUCAAGCAGACACUCCACGACCUUGGGUUCACCGUCGCUUGUGUUGCUGCCCCAUGCGCAGAUGGUCACUGUCGCACCGAUGGCCUGUUCCUAUACGCUAUCUACAACCUGUCCCAGCAGGACCACGACACCCUCUUGGACCGCUUCUGCUGGUCCAUGGCCCCAUGCACCUUUUUCUGCUGGCCAUCCACACCCCAGCCGCUCCCCACACACAUCGGCCAAUUCCGGGGCUUCAGCACCUAUGAAGAAAGUGCUAUCCGCAGGGUUUUCAUCGCGGAAUUUUCACGUGGUAGGCUCGCACAACUGCUGGCCUACCUGUUGUCAACGCACCCCCAUUAUGCCGACAUGAAGCGAGAACAGGCUAUCGGAUGCCUGCUCCUGACCAUUCGAGUCACAAUACUUCAGAUGUCGGACCCUGGAGGACACACAUCCUGGCCACUCGUCAAUUUCUACAUUGACCCCCCAACGCUGGACAACUGA